CGAGUAAGCUAGUCUGCUCUAUUUAUUAGCUGUUGUAGCCAAGCUGCGUGCACUGUGUAUGAGGUAAUAAAUGGGUAGUACUGUUAACCACUCCCCUCAACGACCCGCCGCGCUUAUCUUUCGUCCCUUAUUUGUACUCAACUAGCCACUACUCAGUUACAGGUCAACAACCCAAAGAAGAUGGCAGAGAUUCUCUCACAUCUCACAUCCGCCUCGUCCGAACUUCGUUCAGUAAAUAAUACGCGCGAUGAAAGAUAUGACACGCAAAUCCGUGACCUGGUUGCAUACAUCAAGAAUUGCGAUAAGAAUUCUGACACUCAAUAUCUCCUAGAUAAUCUCCAUCCAUCACUGCACACGUUAUCCUACCUGUUGAUUCUUAACCUUCACAUCGACAAUCUACAAAUAAGGGCGAAGGAAAACCUGCCGGAUGAGAUCAAGCCCGGGAAUGACUUGUGGACUAGAGUGGCCUACUUUCUCCAACAUUUUGAUCCCAUCCAGGUACGGUAUGCUGGCCAUGAGUGGCGCCGACUUGUUGAACUCCUGGCACAAGCUGCCGAAGUUACUGCAAAGCCGUUCCUAGCGGUCCAAGUGAUGAAAGAAGCGUUGCUUCGACUCAACUCACCUGGUAUCCUUACAUCAUUACACGUUACGUUCCUCAGACUUUCUCUUCUUUCCAAGUCUUAUCAUUAUGCUUUACCGGUUAUGGAAAGAUGGAUAUUCCAGUUUCCCGCCAGUUCAGUCCAAGCCUACCGCAAGCAUAUCAGUCGUCCCUUGUGUUCCGAAGACACUUUUGGCGACACUUUCAUCUCCGAUGCAUCUGGCUUCUCUGCAAAGCUGACAUAUCGAGAUCAUAUGAGAUUCUUCCUGUAUGGCGCGAUGAUUUACUUGGCCCUGAAAAAAUGGGAUAAGGCGUUACAUUGGCUAAGCGUCGUCAUAUCGUCCCCUGUCAAUGACUCUGUCAGCAAAAUCAUGGUUGAAGGCUAUAAGAAGUGGGUAUUAGCUAGCUUGCUAGCGCAUGGAAAGUUGAUCUCAUCGCCUAGAGUGAUCUCUGCACACGUUCUGAAAGUAUUCCAAACGUUAACAAAACCUUACGCAUCCUUGGCAGACGCUUUUGAGAGGGGCGACCUUCCAAGGUUGAGAGCUGAAAUUGAUAUUGGUCGAUCUAUUUGGCGUGCUGACAAUAACGAGGGCCUGGUUUCUCAGCUGUUCCAUGCCUACAAUUCGUUCCUUGUUAUGAAGCUAGGAAGAACUUUCUCGGCUCUCACUACAGCGGAUGUGGCACAACGCACACUUGCGCCGUUGGCAUUCUCUGCGAGUAUCGAAGAGUUCGUGGCGUUGCUCGUAAUGUCUGGCACCCUCAGCGCUACUCUACUACAUCUACAUGGUCAAGCAGAUGCAACAAUGCUUCGGUUUCUUGCGCGCAGUGAAUCUUACUUAUAUGGAGAGAUAUCCAUGCGAACACGCUUGGUCGAAGAGGCUCGGGUACUAGGUCUAAUAACGAAAGAUGCUAACCAAUGUAGCAGUGAGUUGCAGCUGGGAAACGAGAGUCUCCAAAUCCUAUCUAGAAAUCAGAGGUGGCCUGAUGCGUCAAGGGUCAGUGGCGAUGCUGUUGGAGAAUCAGAUGGUGGUUUGGACAUCGAUGAAGACAUUAUGGGAGAUGGUACCUGAAGUACAAGGAAACAUCAGUGAAUACCAUGCCGACCUUGACCAUAUCCAAUAGCGGAACUAGAAACAGGGCUCAAGCAAUGUGUAGCCCAAGCCGAAUUUUGCCAACAGUCCUGUAUUUGUAUGGUCCGCCUAUCAUGGCGCGCUCGGUACAUCAAUUUAUGCUGUCUCCUGUUCAGGUCACUGCCUCUUAGGGGAUAUGUGGGUAUCAUUAAUAACGGCUAAUAUGGAAGCUGCGGCGUCUACCAUGACUAUAGCUAUCUUACCCCAGAGUAAAUCAAUUAUA